AUGAUUUUAAAAAAAUUUGAGACUUCUGCCGGACCGAUCAUCAAAAAUAAUAAUCAGCAAUUUUCAUUAAAUACUUACGUAAAGCAUCACACAUUUAAGUACAAUUUAGUAUUUUUUAAUGGCUUAAAUAAAAUUUUCUUCAAUCGAUUUAAUAAUUCACGAAAAGACAGAAACUUUUUUGUUUUGUUUGCAACAAGUGCGUUAGGUUUGGUUUUAGCAACAUGCGAAAGUAAUGAUAGCUAUAAUUAUAAACGAUUUUUUCGUGCUGCACAGUAUGGAAAUACAACAGAAAUUAAACGACUUAUAAAAGAACAAAAGUUAAAUCCUAAUACAAGGCAUUCGUUAGGAUGGACGGCGUUAAUGGUAGCUUCAGUUAAUGGCAAAGUUGAAUCGUGUAAAGCACUUUUAGAAAACGGUGCCGAUCCAAAUUUAGGAGACGAUUUUAUGAAUGCUAAUAAAACAGCAAUGGAACGUGGAUUACAUUCUAUUGAUGUUUUAGUUCGCCGAGAAGAGGAAUUUAAUGACAAAUUAAAUAAUCGAGCCAUAUUCAAAGGAUUUACUGCGUUACAUUAUGCCGUAUUAGCUGAUAGUUUAGCAAUAGUAAAAUUAUUAUUAGAACAUGGAGCUGACCCACGACAAGAAAAUCAUAAUGGCCAUCGACCUGAAAUGUAUGCUAGAGAAGGUGAAGUUCGUGUAUUACUUCAAGAACAUGCACAAAAGUUUGAAGAAAUUCAAAAACAAAAAGAAGCGGAAGAACGACGUCGUUUUCCUUUAGAACAACGGUUAAAACAAUUUAUUGUUGGUCAAGAAAAUGCCAUUACAGUUGUUGCAUCUGCAAUUAGGCGUAAAGAAAAUGGUUGGGCUGACGAUGAUCAUCCAUUAGUAUUUUUAUUUUUGGGGUCAUCGGGUAUUGGUAAAACUGAAUUAGCUAAACAAAUUGCAUUUUACAUUCACAAGGAUAAACCGGCUGGGUUUAUUCGACUGGAUAUGUCUGAAUAUCAAGAGAAACAUGAAGUUGCAAAAUUGAUUGGUGCACCACCAGGGUAUGUAGGCCAUGACGAUGGCGGUCAACUGACAAAACAAUUACGAAAGUGUCCAGGAGCAGUUGUACUAUUUGAUGAAGUCGAUAAAGCUCAUCCCGAUGUAUUAACAGUUCUUUUACAGUUGUUUGACGAAGGUCGUUUAACAGAUGGCCAAGGAAAAACAAUUGAAUGUAAAGAUGCCAUUUUCGUAAUGACAUCGAAUUUAGCUAGUCAUGAAAUUGCACAACAUGCUUUAGAUCUUCGAAAGGCUGUGGAUGAUAUAAAAAAACAGCGUUUAAAUGUUGAUGAAUUAGCCCUCAUGGAGAAGGUAUCCAUUUCACGUAAUUUUAAGGAAAAAGUAGUGCAGCCUAUUUUAAAAGAGCAUUUUAGAAGGGAUGAAUUUCUUGGACGUAUCAAUGAAGUUGUUUACUUUUUACCAUUUUCACGAUCUGAACUUUUAAAAUUAGUAGGUCGAGAACUUGAUAUAUGGGCAAAACGAGCUCGACAAAAACAUCAUAUUGAAUUAAAGUGGGAUCGUGAAGUUGAAGCAGCUUUAGCCGAUGGUUAUGACGUACAUUAUGGUGCGCGAUCAAUAAAAUAUGAAGUAGAACGUCGCGUUGUAAAUCAAUUAGCUGCCGCACAUGAGCGUGGGAUCAUUGGAAAAGGUUCAAGUGUACAUAUAUCAACGAAUUUAUCAUCGGAUGAUUCUGGAUCACCUAUUAUUAAAUUACGUGUAAAAGUUCGUGGAAAUAAAAAUUAUGUUGAUAUAGAUGAAGUACCUGUAGCCAAAAAUAUGGGAGGAUAUUUUAGUUGAAAUUUGUUUAUUUGAAUAAGUUAAUAUAAUUUCUGUUGAAUUUCGAUUGUUCUUUUAUUUUAAUAAAAUAUUGUUAUAAAAUUUAAA